AUCGAAGCUCGCUCACUCAUCGACCGCCCGGACUCCCGUCUUCAGUCUCAUGAUUCUCGACCCAAACAUACGCAACAUCGAGUCGCGUGCGCAUCGCCAAUAACACGUCAUCAUGGCUCCCGCGCGACAGAAGAAACGGGACUCUGACCAGUCAACCGCCUCGUCGAAGCCAGGCCCGAUGGGAGGCAGCAAGGUGCCGCUCAAGGCAAGCCCAACGACACCGCAACACCGGAGUCCGAUCAGAAAACACGGCAAGGGAAUUAGCCUGCACCAGAAGCAGGCUCUCAUUGACAAUCUGCAACUCGAAAUCACAGAACGCGCCCGCCGACUACGGGCGCAAUACAAUAUCCACGCGCAGGGCCUUCGAUCGCGGAUAGAAAUCAGAGUCAACAGGAUUCCUAUGUCCUUGCGCAAAGUCAAAAUGGGUGACUUGCUCGUCAAGUACGCCGAGCAGGAGAAGCAGCGGGUUGCGGCAUUGAAUCGACCGCCGCCAGUUCCGGCCAAAGAUAGCCCUCGCGCGAGCCCACAGAAACCAGCACACAGCACAACACGGCCGCAAGCCGUCGGCAGAGCCUACAAUGGGAGAGGCAACGCGCUCGCUGGAGACAAGGAAAACGAACAGGAGAACAUGGAUCAGAAGCGACGGGUGCGCGCCGCCCAAGGGGCAGAUGCCGGUCAUGUUCGCCCGGCUCAAAUACUCUCGCCCACGUCGUCAAACUCCCGCCUCAACAGAGAUAGACCAACGUCGCCUACAAAAUCGCAGAUUGCUCGGCCAGGGUCGCCUCUAAAAUCCACCGGGGCCAGUCGCUCCGCGGCCAUGACAAGCGUUCUCUCUAGCAUGGUGGAGAGGGCAAAGGCGACGCGUCACGGGCGAAAGCUUACCACGGCAUCAGAGGUCAGCUCGUCCUCGAACAGCACCACUGCAGGGACUCGGGGUCGCAAGGCGGCGCCAGCGGCUGCCCCGAAAGCUGGGCCCCCGUCACGGCCGGCAACCCGCGCUGGCCGCAGAGCUAGCGGCACGAGCGAGACCAGCGAGGCAAGCACGGGCACGGUGGUGAGGAAGACUGGGGUGGGCAGGCCGCCAGCUGCAACUAAGAAGACAACCAUGGGGACCAUUAGGAAAGGCGUCACGGGAGCAGGGACGAGGAAGACGACAACAGCAAAGGCGCCUGCUGCUGCAGCGCCGACGAGCUCCAGCGGUCGUGUCUUGCGGAAACGGGGCUAGCCGCUGUCGCGCCGCCUCUCAUGAUGACGACAAUUUGAACGACUUGGCGUUGAACGGGCCCAAAUAGGGGGGAAUGGUACAGCAUCUUGGGUGGCACUCCAAGGAUGGAUUGAAACUGUCAGGGGACAGAGGCUUGUAACCAAAUCAGGAGUUUGCUGGGCAUUGGCAUUUGUCGGUAUAGACGCCUUUUCAUAUCGAGUACAUCAUGCGCUGUGAA